AUCCUCCUUUUUCACUGAUUCUCCUUAAGAUUGCAAAGAUAUUUUACUAACCUCUUCAUGCAUUCACGCACCAUGUUGGAAGAGCUAAGGCCGACUGGUUUGUUUUCUAGCUCAUGCUUCACAAUAAUUGAUUUGAAUCAUUUCCAUUUGUUCCUUAUUCGUUUUGACAAGUGUGAAAGAUGGGAAUAGGACAUGCAGGGUGAAGCUUCUUUGCCACUAUAGAUUGAUUCUAUCUGUGAUUUUUCUUGGCGGUAGAGCCCUGGAAUCUUGGAGCCCUUUUUCUCCACUCACUUUCUUGAACCCCACACCACUCGGCCCUGAAGUCCCCUUGGCGUUUUCUUGAAUUCUUGGUGUAUUUUUGAGGGGAAAAUACUUCUGGGCUUUGGAAUUUAAGGGGGUUUGAGGGCAAAUGAGACUGAUGCUUUUGCUGGAUUUGGACAUUGGCUGCUGAGGGAGGGCUCAUUUUCUUGGCAAUUCUUGGAAAAAGAUUACAGUUUUUCAGGGUAAGUUUUUGGUUAAAGGCGUUCUUGGAUGCUGGGGAAGCUGAGUACUCUAUAUGCGGAGGAGCUUAAAGUGAUUUUACACGUCAGAUUUGCAAGUAUUGAGGUUGAAGUGAUUUUACGAUUUUUGAGGUAAUUGCCCUUUGCUAGAGUUCUAUGAGUACAAAAUCGGCUGGUUUUAUGAAGUUGGAGAAAUGGCAGUGCCUCUAUUCUUGUUGCAAACUCUGAUGACCUGCUAAUGCAGUAACAUGUACUCUGUCAAAAUUAGUGUUUCUGUUAGUUCUACGAGUUUUGAUACAAGAAUGUCGUUGUGUUUCCAAUCCUUCAACUAUCUACCUAGUACUAUAAACUGUUGUCUGAGCAAAGACACAAACCAGAGUAAUAAAGUCAAGAAAAGCCAUGCUAUGGUGAAAGUUCCAGCAUCCAUCAUCCCACAAGCUGAGGAAAGCAACAGUCCAGCUGACAGCAACACAACUUGCCUCACGAAUAAACCUUUGACAGAUAGAAACUUUAGUUGUCCAGAUCAAGCCAAUAGUGUAGGGAUAAUUGGAGGUUUAUCGGUUGAUUCCAGCCUUAAUUUCGCCAAAAAGUUAAGGAUGGAGGAACAAAAAAAUGCGCUUCCCUUUAUCCUUUGUUCGGAUCCAAUACUAAACAAGGAGCUUUCAUCCCUUGAGAGAGGCUAUUUCCCCUUACUUUCUGGUAGAACUGAACGGGUGCAUAUCGACCAAAGGUCAAUCAUUGAGAAUUUAAGGCGUAAGAGAGUGUUUCUUGAGAAGUCGGGAGUUUGUUGUGUUGUGAUGCCGUGCCAUAUAUUACAUUCGUGGCAUGAUGAGGUUGAAGACGGUUGUUCUGUUCCGUUACUUCAUAUGGGUGAAUGCAUAGCUAAGGCGCUCAAGGAAGAGAAGUUCAGGCCAAUAGAAGCUGGAAGCCCUAUACGUAUUGGUAUUCUUGCAACUAAUGCAACUUUGGCAGCUAGAGUGUAUCAGGAGAAACUUGAAAACGAGGGUUUUGAGGUUGUACUGCCAGAUAAAGCAACGAUGGAACACACAGUGAUCCCUGCCCUCGACGCAUUAAGCAGAAAAGACUUUGAAGGAGCACAGAACCUGUUCAGAAUUGCUCUCCAAGUUCUGCUGGUGAGAGCUGUGAACAGAAUCAUCCUUGCAUCUGAUGAACUAUGGCAACUUCUGCCACACGAUGACCCCUUGUGGAUGAAAUGCAUAGACCCGAUGGAUGCUUUGGCCCAGUCAACAGUCAAGCAUGCUCAAGCAGCAGGGAGAAGUAAAGGAUAAAGACAACCUAUGAGGUUGAGGUUCUUGUUCGAUAUGCAUUUCAUCAGUUAUUGUCUCUUUCUGUAGUUGUGUUUGGGAACUAGUUUUUGUCCUCAAGAAAUAAGUAUAUAGCAAGUCGAGUUCUAUUAUUUGAAGGUAGAAAGAGAAUCUGCAGUUCUGAGUGGUGAAUGAUUUAAUGUUAAUAUGCAAGAGAUCGUUGGUAGAGUCAAA